UUCCAUCAUUGAAUUUUCCCUUUAAAAGGAGACUAAAGCACAACAAUAACUGAGCCAAAGAAAGCUUCAAAACUAAUCAACAUGGAUGUGGAGAAACUCUUUCAUAUGACAGGAGGGGCUGGCCCAUCUAGCUAUGCUAAAAAUUCCUCCUUGCAGAAGAAGGCAUCGGAUAUAGUGAAGAACAUAACCAUAGAAACAUUACAACAACUUUAUCUUGAAAUAACUACAAAGACGUUAUGCAUAGCUGAUUUGGGUUGUUCUUCUGGAUCCAAUACACUAGCAAUGAUUAAAGAUGUUGUUGAAACCGUUGAAGGAACUUGUCGUAAAUUCAUGCUUUCAGACCCAGAGUUUCACGUUUAUCUUAAUGAUCUUUCAACAAAUGACUUCAACUCGAUCUUUAAGGCCUUGCCAGAUUUUGUUAGAGAGCUUAGGGAAGAAAGAAGUGGUGGAUCUCCCCACAUAUAUAUUGGAGGUUAUCCAGGAUCUUUUUAUGGAAGACUCUUUCCCAACAACUCCUUGCAUCUUAUCUAUUCAUCUUACAGUGUUCACUGGCUAUCAAAGGGUCAAGCACCAUGCAAAUUAGAUCACGCGUGUAUCAAGUAUCACUAUGUUAUGCAGGUUCCUCCAGCCCUUUACAACGACCAUGGCGAUUCAAUAAAUAAAGGCAACAUUUAUAUCUCUGAAUCCAGCCCUCCUCGAGUGUUACAUGCAUAUUUUAAUCAAUUUCAAGAAGAUUUCUCCACGUUCCUUAGAUCAAGGUCCGAAGAAUUAGUCGUUGGAGGUCGAAUGGUGCUUAUCUUAUUAGGAAGAGCAGGUCCUGAUCAUGUUGACAGGGGCAACUCAUUCUUCUGGGAACUUCUCUCACGAUCCCUAGCCAUCUUGGCUUCUCAGGGAGAAAUAGACAAAGAAAAGCUUGAGUCUUACGAUGUGAACUUUUAUGCACCAUCAAAAGAUGAAAUAGAAGAGGAAGUGAGGAGAGAAGGAUCGUUCAAACUAGACCAGCUUCAGAUGUUUCACAUAAAGAGAGAAGAUUAUGGUGACAGACAUGGCUAUGCGGUUGCAGCGACAGUUAGGGCUAUUCAAGAAUCAAUGAUCCGUCACCAUUUUGGAGUAGGAGAAGGAAGCUUAGACUCUUUGUUUGAGAUUUACGGCAGAAUGGUUGAUGAAGAAAUGGGUAAAGAAGAAAUUAAGCCCUGGACUAUUGUCCUAGUUCUUAGAAAAUUAUAGGGUUAUUUAAAAUGUGAUGAAUUAUAUGAACCGUUGAUCAAGUAGUCAGCGGUUCAUAUAUAUCGAGUUAAAAUACCGCCUUGUGACUUCACUUUCUAAUGUAAAAACAAGCUGGUUGCGUUUGGUCGAAGAUUAUACGAGAUUACUAAGAUAAUAUAAUCUUAUAUUAUUUAAA